CUGAAGUGUGGCGGAGAGGAGCUGGGAGAGCUCGGGUUGCCUCCGGCCCGGGCCCACCUGUAACCAGUCCGAAGGCUGGCGCUUCCCUCCUUGCUUGUGUAGGCCUGAGACUCGGCCCGUCCCCCCCUUCCCUCUGAAAAUGAAGCGGAGAGCAGAACCUGAAUAUGGCAGCCCACAGAAGAGGCAGAAGAAAAGGAUAGAGGAGUUGGGUCUGACCCUCAGCUCUACAUCAGAUGAUGAAACUCAACUUAGCAAUCAUGCAACUCAAGAGUCUUCGACCACAAGCAGCAGUGAAUCUGACAGCGAGAACAAUGAGAGGCGACCUGGCAUUGGUACCUUUGGCAAUAAGUUUCGAGCAGACUCUCUUGUGGAGGGCACAAGCUCCCGCUACUCCAUGUAUAACAGUGUAUCCCAGAAGCUCAUGGCCAAGAUGGGAUUUCGAGAAGGUGAAGGUCUUGGAAAGUAUGGCCAAGGGAGGCAAGAGAUCGUUGAAGCUUCCCAACAGAAAGGAAGAAGAGGCUUGGGGCUGACUCUGAAAGGCUUUGAUGGAAAUUUGACCAUCCAGUGGAAGGAUGAGCCAGAGGCUAAUGCUUAUGAGCAAGUGGACUGGUUCCCAGAAUGCACUACUGAAAUUCCAGAUGCUGAGGAAAUGAAGGAUUGGAUGACAAUAGGAAAGAAGAAACUAAUGAUCGAAGAUGAAACAGAAUUUUGUGGAGAAGAACUCCUACACAAUAUGUUGCAGUGCAAGAGCUUGUUUGAUGAGCUGGAUGGUGAGGAGAUGCGCCGAGCUCGUACAAGAUCCAACCCUUAUGAGAUGAUCCGAGGAGCCUUCUUUCUAAACAGAGCUGCGAUGAAGAUGGCAAACAUAGACUAUGUCUUCGACUACAUGUUUACAAAUCCCAAGGAUUCUCGUGGGAGGCCUCUGAUCAAGGAACAUGGUGCAGAACUCUUGUACUUUGCAGAUGUAUGUGCUGGUCCUGGUGGCUUCUCAGAGUAUGUCCUCUGGAGAAAGAAGUGGCAUGCCAAGGGUUUUGGGAUGACCUUAAAAGGACCAAAUGAUUUCAAACUGGAGGAUUUCUAUGCUGCCUCCAGUGAGCUCUUUGAACCUUAUUAUGGUGAAGGGGGAGUUGAGGGAGAUGGAGACAUCACCCGUCCUGAAAACAUCACUGCCUUCCAGAAUUUUGUGCUGGACAACACAGAUCGCAAGGGGGUGCACUUCUUGAUGGCUGAUGGGGGUUUCUCUGUUGAGGGGCAGGAAAACAUCCAAGAGAUUCUAAGCAAACAGCUGAUGCUUUGCCAGUUCCUCACAGGACUCUCUGUUAUACGAACAGGAGGGCAUUUUGUCUGCAAAACCUUUGACCUGUUCACACCAUUCAGUGUUGGCCUGGUGUACUUGCUUUACUGCUGCUUUGAACGUGUGUCAGUCUUCAAACCUGUGACCAGCCGUCCUGCCAAUUCUGAGAGGUAUGUAGUAUGCAGAGGAUUAAAGUCUGGCAUUGAUGAGGUGAAGGACUAUCUUUUUGUGGUGAACAUGAAACUCAACCAGCUGCGCAACUCAGACCAGGAUGUUAAUCUCGUUGUCCCCCUGGAAGUAAUCAAGGGUGACCAUGAGUUCUAUGAUUACGUGGUCCAGUCAAAUGAAAGGAUAUGUAAUGCUCAGAUCAAAGCGCUAGCCAAAAUUCGUGCCUUUGUUCAAGACACCACCCUGAGUGAACCUCGACAGGCUGACAUCCGAAAAGAAUGCCUCCGGCUCUGGGGGAUUCCAGACCAGGCCCGAGUUGCUCCAUCUUCUUCUGAUCUCAAAUCCAAGUUCUUUGAAUUGAUUCAGGGUGCUGAUAUAGAGAUCUUCAGUUACAAACCAACUCCUCUCAACUCAAAAACCUUGGAGAAGAUCCGCUCAGUGUUGGAUUACAGAUGUAUGGUAUCAGGAAGUGAACAGAAGUUCCUUCUAGGUCUAGGGAAGUCUCAGAUAUACACUUGGGGUGGUCGCCCAUCAGAUCGCUGGACAAAACUGGACUUGAAAACAGAAUUGCCAAGAGACACCCUUCUUUCUGUGGAGAUUGUUCAUGAACUGAAAGGAGAGGGGAAGGCACAGCGGAAAAUUAGUGCUAUCCACAUCCUGGAUGCGCUAGUGCUGAAUGGCAGUGAUGUCCGAGAGCAACAUUUCAAUCAGCGAAUUCAGCUAUCAGAGAAGUUUGUAAAAGCUGUCUCUAAACCUAGCCGGCCAGAUAUGAACCCCAUCAGAGUGAAAGAAGUGUACAGAUUAGAGGACAUGGAAAAGAUUUUUCUAAGGUUAGAGAUGAAAAUCAUCAAGAGCUCUGGGGGAAUACCACGGCUCUCGUACACUGGCCGCGAUGACAGGCACUUUGUACCCACAGGACUGUACAUAGUUCGGACUGUCAGUGAUCCCUGGACCAUGGCAAUUAGCAAAAACUCUAACAGAAAAUUUUUCUACAACAAGACAACACUGAUUUCAACGUAUGAACUUCCUCCUGAAUCUGUCUCACCAUUUCACAUUUGCUACUUCAGCCGCCUUUUUUGGGAAUGGGGGGAUGACGUUAAAGUGCACGACUCUCAAAAAAGGGAAGAUCCGGAGAAGCUGUCCAAAGAUACUGUCUUGUCCUUCAUCAGGCUCCAUUCACCCUCUGACCAGUCCCUCAUCAAGUCCUGGGGGACAGGGACUGAGCCUGGCUUGGAAUCUUCAGCCAAGGAUUAGAAUGGGUUUCUUCCAAACAGGUGCAGUGAGCCAUUGGGGGAAGAACCAGUUGAACGGUAGGGUGCAAACCAAAUGGGACAAUACUUCAGACUGCAAAAUAGCACUGUACAUAAGUAUUUUGCUCCUGGCAGCAUAUUCUGCAAGAAGCACAGGAGAUGCAACUCUUAGAGCAGAGAAUAUUCUUCUGGACUGAUCCCCACCAUACCUUCCGUAGGCUUUUUCAAACCCACGCUUUGAACACAGCCUGGCCUGUGUCCCCUGUGUAACAGGCAACAGCGCAAACAAGAGGAAGCAUGCCGUUCUCCAGUAGCACCUGUAAGAGUGGAGGACUCUGUGGCUCAGUUUGGCUUUCUGUGUGACAAGCCUCUAGUACAAGUGAUACAUUGGGAAGUCGUCUCUUGCACUGUCUCCUUGGCUUAUGGCCCUGGCCUAGGGAGUUCUGGGUGCUGGUGUCAUCUUAGUGGGCAGAAGCAAAAGAAAAAGGAAGUCUUGAUAGUAACCGCUUAGGUUGCAGUGAUACUGUGACUCUGCUUCAAGCUGAAUUUCAUGGUUCUAUGCAAACAUACAAGCCUGCUACCCUCUGGUGUGUCCUCCUUGACAUACUACUCACUGUUCUAGAAAGAUGAUGUUUUACCUUUUCUGUGUGGGAGGUCUGAGACUGAAAGGAUUGGUGGACAUAGAUUCGACAAGCAUGUGUUUUGAUGUGAUCCUUCCAUAUAAGGCAGCUGCCUUCUAGUAAAGAACUUUUUCUUAGCCUUUUGAAUUCUUAAAAUAGGCAUGAAAAUAUCUAUCUGUGUGGAUCAAAAAUCUUGUCUGAAGUGAAGGCACAGAACAAUGUUUUGGGGAUCUUUCAUGUUUUCUCUGAUAAUGAAAAACAGUCUGUCUUUUGCAAACUGUCUUUUGUUCAGUACUGGGCUUUCAGGUGCUGGGAACAAAAGACCAUUAGAAGGUGCACACUUCUGCUUUCCCCUUGUUGGGGCUUCACGUGGGAUCUAGAGAAAAUAUGUGCUCUUUAUUUACUAAUUGGAGCCAGUUAUUAAUAAUGCAGCAAAAGGCUCUGUCUUAGGAAGCGAAGUAAAUUAAGCAUUUGCAGGUUAGCAAUAAAGGACAGUAUUAACUGAGGGGAGGGGUAUUGGUUGCCGAGGUUGUGCCUUAAAGAAGUCUGUCAGGCCUCCUAAAAUGGUAGACACCAAACGAUUGAUUUUGGAUGCUGGGUGAGGUAUGCUUUCACUCAGAAUGGGCAGCAUAGAUUUUAUGAUCACAUUUAAAACCUUCCGAGCCUCCUUAGGAGUGGUCCAUAAAUCUUGUGUGACUGGAUCUCAGGUGCAGUCUUCUGAGCCUUGUGUUCUCUCUGUGACUGGAAGGUCCAACACAUGAAUGCCGUUUUAGUUUCAAAGUUGCCUAGUUCAACUGAUGUUGCAAAGCCUAGAUGAAAGUUUCUAGGUUUCCUUACUGGAAGCUGGUACUAAAGAGUUUUAUUUUGGAGUUUAAAGUUGCUAUGUACAAAGGUGGAUUAUAUGUGAGAAAGGAGGGUCACUUUGUAAUGCAACAGCAUUGCUGAGGUCCAUUACUGAGGCUCCUAUCAAAAAUGGCUCCCAGUCCCAAAAACUGGGCAGAAUAAUAGGAAUUAUAGCAUAAUCACAGUAAUGUAUUUCAAAUGAGACAAAAGUGGAUAAAUAACUGCUAAUACCUGCCAUUUGAACUUUAUGGUGUUUUUAAAAAGUAUUUUGUUUUAAAUAGAAGUUUUGGUGUACUUUGAGCAGCCUUUCCCUGUACGUUCAGUAGAAGGCAACCUGUAAGAUGAAUGAGCAUUCUGCUUUUAGUCACUUUGUGAUUGACAGUGGACCCUUUUUUGAGGCCAGUUCUUGGGUCAGGAGGAAGAUAUUAUAGGAAAGCUAGGUGUCCUCUGGUAUUAGUCCAUUAUUUCGAAGAUAUUUGUGGGGGAGGGAGGGCAUUAGGGGACACAAUAGAUUCUGAAAUGCCUGUCCCAUUGUUCACUUAUGUUGUAACUAUUGUUCUCUUGCGUGUGAUGGUAAUCACUGUUAGUAAAGACAUGAUGACAUCAUGGGGUCAAGAUUCUUCCAUUUCAAAGUAUCUGAGGGUCUUUGGCUUUUUAAAACAUUUUUUAAAAACCUAACAAUUUAAAGGCCACAUGCCUGAUGAAGACAACGGCUUUAAUGAAAAACAGAACAGCUUAAUCCAAGUGCAGACAUGACCUUAUCAUUAAAGAUUAGUCUGACCCUGUGGAUAAUUCAAUAGUCUGCUCUCUUGUUCUCCUAUUCUGGGAUGUGUGUGUGUGCACACAAGUGUGCGCACGAAGUCUUGCUACAAGAAAUGUUUAUACAAUCUGUUCUGUGAAGUUGUUUAUCAUUUUCUGUUUAUUCUUCUUCUUGUCUUUGCAUUGUCAAUACAGUCCUUGUAAUUCAGAAA